CCACCACCACCACCACAAUCACAUCAUCAUCAUCAUCAUCAACAACAACAACAACAUUCUUAUCAACAUGGAUCACAAAUAUCUAAUGUUCCAGGACCAAUAUCAUCAUCAUCAACAUCGGUAUCAUACCAUGGACAUCAUGGACAACAGCAACAACAAUCGAUGGGAUCAAAUGUUAGCCAAUCAAUAUCAUCAACGGCAACAACAAUUUCUAUACAACAUUCAUCAACAACUAGUGGUGGUAUACAAUCAUCAGCAGCAAUGGAAUAUGGUACAACAUUAUCAUCGGCAACCGUUAACCAAUAUGGACCAAUGAGUGGUAAAAUGUCACAUACAAUUUCUAAUAAUAAUAGUCCGAGUAAUUAUCCGGGUGGUAAUCAUCAUCAUCAUCAUCAUGGGCAGCCAACACUACCACAACCACCACCGCCGCCAUUACCACCACAUUUACAUCAUACUGGUGUUCCACAUCAUCCACAUGGACCAUUGCCACCACCACCACUACCAUCAGCAUCAUCAUCAACAUCAACAUUGCCAUCACAUUCAGCACAUCAUCCACAUCAUGUUGAUAUGAAUUAUAAUCUGCGUAAUGCAUUAAGUGGACCAACAUCAUCUACAACUACAGUAUCAUAUAAUCCACAUCAUCCUCAUGCUGUUGGUGGUAGUAAUACUGGACCACCACCCCCGCCACCACCAUCAUCAUCUCAACAACAUCCGCAUCAUACACAUCAUUCACAACAACAACAACAUCAUCAUAGGCGACCACCGGUAGCUAACCCAGGUAGUAAUAUGCCUAUAAAUUAUGGACCACCCUCACAUCAAGGAAGUAGUGGUGUUGGUGGUAUGAAUCAUCAUACCAAUAUGUAUCAUGGUCAUCAUCAACAUACACAACAAUCAAUGAUUCCGCCACAUCCCCCACCUCAAGGAUCUAUGCAUCCUCAACAACCACAACAACAGCAACGAUAUGGUGGUAUGCCCCCGGGUGUACCACCAGGACAACCAAUACCGCCUCCUCAUAUGCAAACACCACCACAUGGUAGUAUGCCACCAAUGACAUCGACUGGUUCUGUUACAUCAAAAUCUAAUCCACAACAUAUGAACAAUAUACCCGGAACACCACCUACCAAUCCAACUGGUGGUAAUGGAAAAAAAUCCAAAUCAACCUGUGGUGGGGGUUCAACGAAAAAAGCAGCUGGUGGUUCAAAAGCAAACGGUGCAAAGAAAGCAGCGAAAGAAAAAUCAGAAACUAAAUCAAAUUCGAAAAAAUCCAAAGCUGCAGCUGCAGCUGCCGCUGCUCAAGCUCAAGCACAAGCUCAAGCCAUUUCCGGUUCAACAGCAACGCAACAACAACCACCGCCACCACCAUCAUCGACAUUAGCAUCGGAUUCAUUAUCAAUGAUGGCUACGAUGGGUUACCAUCAUCAUCAUCAACAUCCACAUCAUGGUCCACCCCCACCACCAAAUCAAUCAUCACAACAACAUCAUCUACAUGGCCAUCCAUCACAUCAUCCUCAUCACCCACCGCCGCCACCAUUAUCACUGCAACAACAACAACAACUUCAUUAUCAUCAACAACAACAAAGAUAUGGUGGAAUACCUUCGGGUGUACCGCCACCAUUACCACCACAUCAUCAUCAUCGUCAUCAACAGGAACAUCCAUCACAACAACAACAACAACCGCCUAUACUACCACAACAACAAUAUCCCCUUCCGGAUGGUCAACAUCAUCAUCAUCAUCAACAACAACAACAUCAGCCUCCUCCUCAUUUACAGAUGGCUAAAUCAUUACAACAACAACAACAAUCAUCAGCAACAACGAUGGCCGGAAAUGGAAAUAAUAACAGUAAUAGUAAUAGUAAUAGCAAUAGUAACAGUAACAGUAAUAGUAGUAGUAGUAAAAAAACGGCUAUAGCUAAAAAUGUAUCAAAUACAACCGGAAGUGGUGGUGGUGGUGGUAGUAGUAGUGGUAGUAAUAAUAAAAAACGUUCCAUUAGUGCAUCAUCAUCAUCAUCAUCAUCGACAACACGAACAUUACGGCAUCGAAAAUCUUGA